CUCCGCACCGACGCCCCAGCGCGGCCCCUCGCCGCCGCCGCCGCCGCCCAGCGGGACGUCCGCCUCUACGGCACCGACGACCGCGACCCCUCCCGCGCCGCCCUCACGCUCAAGCGCCGCCCGCGCAUCGACGCCGGCGUCAGCCGCGUUGAGGAGGUCGUGGAGCCCCUCGACCCCGCCCUCGCCCUCACCUGCGUCGACAACCCCGCUCGUCUCGACGCGGUCGACUCCCCCAUCGUCCGGCUCGUCUCCGACGAGUACGGCGUCGGCGGGGACAAAGCGCCGUUCGUCUGCCUCGGCGGCUUCCGGAACACCCGCGGUGUGUAUGAGCUCGAGGAGGGCGAGGGGCAGGGGCUCGUGCUAGAGCUCGACGAGACACACUUCGAUUUCGGCACAAACUACGAGCUGGAGUGCGAGACCGCGGAGCCCGACCAGGCCAAGGAGGUCCUGGAGCGGCUGCUCACCGUGGCUGGGGUGCCAUAUGAGUACUCCCGGAGCAAUAAGUUCGCGUGCUUCAUGGCCGGGAAGCUGCUUCCGUGACUAGGUACCUGAAAGGCUGAACCUGAUCUUUGAUGAACUAGAAGGCCAAGAUACCAAGGACUCGAGUGGGCGACUCCAAGAAUGGUGACCACAUUGCUGCCCUAAGCGAUGAACAGGGCAGGGCGUGUGGUAUUGCAGUUAACUAUGUGUCAUCUGGUCAUCAUAGUGAUUGGUAGAUUAAAACCGUUAGCCACCUCUGAAUUCAUAUCGAAGUCAUGCGAGCUGGUCUUUUUCUGCUUGGAUCUCCAGGGGCCUGAUCAAUUGAACAAGUAUAUUGGGGAGAGCGAAUCAGAGGUAAGGAAAAUAUGAACCCGUGCAAGCACUAACUCACCAUACAUCCUAUUUUUUUGAGGUAAAUUUUUAUGUUUAGCUGAUUGCGUGUGUGGAUUUAUUCUUUCGGGAACACUUGGUAGUUACUUUGUACAAUUAUGAAUGCAUGGUACAUCUGUCAUGUGAUUUAUGAAUGUGCAACGCGUGGAAUUAAAUUGUUUGACCAUGCCUUCCUUGUUUAGGUAAAACUAAGUAGUUGUGGCCGCUUUGGAUGAGAGAACCCAAUUCUUGGUAAAUUGGACACCAUCAAUGAGUUCGUCGAGUUUGAUUGAACUCUCACACUUUGAACAUGCUCUAUUUAAAGCAAGGCCAUCCCUGUCAUAACAGGCUGUUCCCGCCGAUGCUGCUGUUCAUGCCGUCCCCCCAGUGCCUAGCAUCACCGGCAACAAGUUCAGCGCUGUCCGACAAGGUGUCCUGCAGGGACAACCUCCGUCGACCUGUCAUCGAACUUCAGUAUGCGUGCUUUGUUCUUUGAAACUGAAUUCAGACUUUGAGUACUACUUUUAUUUGAAAGAAAAUAUGUGCGUGAUUCCACAACUUAUGCCAAAAUGCAUAGCAUAGCUUGGUAUACACGAAUUGCAAUCUGAACGUUUUUCUCUGUGUCGUCGUCCUGCUUUCUGGUUCUAUGUUAUCUGUCAUCUUAUAUCUCGGCUUUCUGCUUUCUGGUGCCUAAACCGAACCGUCGAAUCUGUAAAUAUGUACCAGUACCAGUUUGAACCAGGGGAUGGUUGGUUGUUUAUGUGUGCUGUUAAUGAGUUCAUUCUGCUCUCUAACUCAUUGAAUUUUUGGAUGUCAAUCAACAAGCUUCCCCUCACUGACUGAUUGAUUGAUUGAUUUUUGGCCGGUGCUAGCUUGUGUGUCUUGUGUCGGGCGAGGGAGAGGGACGAUGUGCAUACGGGGUUGCUGCA